AACCCAGUUCACAUGAGGUGAGUGUGCGACCCCAACUGAACCUGCCGGAAGAAGAAACAAAUAGGCUGGCGAUGAGAUUUAGCUCCCGUCCGAGCAGAAACCAGCACGAUCGCUUUGAGAGAGCAGCUGGCGGCGGUCGACACACAUCGUGAACUUUUGGGUUAGUCUAUAUUUUAAAUCUAUACUUUUGCUUGAUGCGCAACAGUUUAAAACUAGUAUACUGACGCUGAGAUAACAUCAUAACGAGGCAAGCUAUAAAGGCAAACGAUCUAUUCAGGUGGAGGUAUUAUCCCAUUGAACAAAGUUCAACGAAAGCCUCAGGAUCCUUUCAUUCUCCACCACAAAAAGAGGUUGCAGCCUCCAUGAGUAUGACAGGGACUGGACCACAGGUGAUACCCCCAGGGAUGGGAGACCAGGGUGGUGUGCUCCGAGAGAUUGGAGGAAACUGCUCCUCUCCUCCGAACAGAGGGAUGCUGGAACCAGCUGGGGACGAGUUGGGAACCUUGUCCUUCACAGACGAGGCCGUGUCCAUCCUCACCUCCAGCAGCAUGCUGGUCCGUUCCUUGCUGGGCCGCACUUCCGGGCUGAAGCGAGCCAAAGAGAGCCCGAGCAACAGCAGCCUGCGGCGCCAGCGCGAGUUCAUCCCGGACGAGAGGAAAGACGACAGCUACUGGGACAAGCGCAAGAAGAACAACGAGGCGGCGAAGCGCUCGCGCGAGAAGCGCCGCGUCAACGACAUGGUGCUGGAGAACCGAAUCAUGGCGCUGCUGGAGGAGAACGCGCGGCUGCGGGCCGAGCUUCUCGCGCUCAAGUUCCGCUUUGGCCUGGUGAAGGACCCUUGUGACAUGUCCAUCAUGCCUCUCUCAGGUGCCCCCUGUGGGCAAGUUUGCACACCUGCCCCCCCACGCUACUACCAUCACUACCCCACUGCUCAGCAGCAGCAGCACCCCCACAGCCUGCCCCCUCAGCAUGGGGGUACGUACUGCAUGCGAGGGGGCCGCGACAGCAGCAGUGUCUCUCAGGACUCCGGCUUCUCCACCCCUGGCAGCUCCACUAUUGGCAGCCCUGUGCUAUUUGACCACGGCUCGGCCGACAUGAGCAAGGUGUCGCCUCGCGUUGUCGGAGAGGAGCAGCAGGGUUACGAGCCGCAGCCCUGUCCCAUGGGGUCUGACGGAGACGUGUUGGGUGGGGGCCACUGCGUCAGCGAGCCGGGGCGGAGAGGAGACUACGGCGAGGAGGUCAUGAAGUGCCUGCCGCACAAACUGCGCUUCAAGACGCCAGUCACCAGCGAGAACCUGGAGACAACCGUGCAGGGGGACACCUGGCACAGCUCCUCGCCGGCCACGCACAGGGACCCCAGCAGGGAGCAGUCAAGUGGUCAGUCAAGUGGUCAGUCAAGUGGUCAGUACAGCUACGGUUCAUCCGAGGCACACGUAGCUUGGCAGCACCAGCAGCAUCAUCAUCAACCCCGGGAGCAGCCUCAGCUGGGCCUCUCCCCCAGCGGGUACCACCCCGCACCCCCGCAGCGCCAGGCAGACUCCCAGCCGCCGGAUAACAGCGCCCUGCGCUCGCAGCUCUGCUCCCUCGCCGAGGAGGUGGCCCAGCUGAAGAAGCUCCUCUCCCAGCAGCUGCGCUCCAGGCUCGUCUGAAGGGCUGCCUGCCGUCGCCGUCGGGGGGGGCCCGGGGCCAGCCUACCUCACAACCACAGAGAGCACCUCAGGAUGGUAUCAGAAAAAAGACAGGAAAUGAGAUCGUUUCAUUUGAAGACGACGCCCUUCCUGUCCGCGGCCAUGCUCAAACAUGUUCACUGUGAACUCUUACUGUGUUUCAAUUCAUCCUCUGCCCUAUAGCAUCUGUAGCUGUAAUGCUCAUACACUGUCACGUUGGAAAACAAACGUGCUGGGCACUGUUACUGUUGCACUAUGUUGGCUCUCUCCGUCUUGGCCUCUGCCACUAUGAUUUUACUCACUGUAACUGGGCAUCCAAUGAAACACUUUUACCCUUGUGUUGCCACCAACAUCAAACCAAAGUGUGCCUUACCAAUUCUGUACAUGAAAAAAAAAUAACAUCAGUUUAUUUAUAAGAAGUGUUUUCUUUCUAAGUCCUCUUUGAGACAUAUUUUGUUCUUUGUCAGCAAGCCCAGAGAGGUGCAUAUUACUUUGCUUUUCAUUUUUUUCAAAUCCAUAUCAGUUUACUCUUUGUGCAUGGACCUCAUCAAUAUGUUAAAAAAAAAGCUCGAGAUCUAAAUCUCAGCUGAACAGGUUAGUUUGAAACACUGUACUCUUCUCACACACAUACUGUUGAAUCCACAGCAACAUCAUUUUCUUGAUCAGCUUUUUGUGGAGCAUAGCUUGGAGACAAGCCACCUCACUCUGCUGAACAAAGCAUCCCAGGAUGUCUGCACUGUUUUGUCAAUUCUGUAGUUUUUUCUAUAUAUUUAACACAUACUGUAAAUAGUAAUACGGUUUCAUGUGACGUUUUUGUUCUAAAUAAAUGUUGGUUGUCCUUUUUUAAUUACCAA